UUAUCCUAGAAAAACAAACCAGAGCAAUCUUCUUCUUCUUCUCCAAUCGUCCAUUUUCCAUCAAUGGAGAACAACCAGCAGCCACCGCCGGCACCGGCAGCGCCUCUUCCGUCAACAUACCCACCUCAAACUCCCUAUCACCACCUUCUCCAUCAACAGCAGCAGCAGCUUCAGGUUUUCUGGUCCAUCCAAAGACAAGAGAUCGAACAGGUAAACGAUUUCAAAAACCAUCAGCUACCCUUAGCCAGAAUCAAGAAGAUCAUGAAAUCUGACGAAGACGUUCGAAUGAUAUCGGCCGAAGCACCGAUUCUAUUCUCAAAAGCCUGUGAACUCUUCAUUCUUGAACUUACGAUCCGAUCCUGGCUCCACGCUGAAGAAAACAAACGUCGAACCCUACAGAAGAAUGAUAUCGCUGCUUCGAUUACUCGUACGGAUAUCUUCGAUUUCCUCGUUGAUAUCGUUCCUCGUGAAGAGAUUAGGGAUGAGAAUUCUGGGAUUGGUGGAAUUGUGGGUUCUACUGCUAGUGGUGUUCCUUAUUAUUAUCCACCUAUGGGACAACCUCCACAACAUGGUGUUAUGAUUGGACAACCUGCGAUGCCGGUUAUGGAUCCGUCUAUGUAUGUUCAUCAGCCGCCAUCUCAGGCUUGGCAAUCUGUUUGGCAGGCUGGUGCAGAUGAUGGAUCUUAUGGAAAUGGGGGAACCAAUCUUGAUGAUCAUGAUCAAUCGUAGCUAGCUUAGUGAAGAAGAGGAAAAGGGUGGAAAAUAUUGGGAAGUUUGAUUUAUAUAUCUAUGGAUUGAUGAACUUUGAGUUGUAGACAAAUGUAAAAACUUGCUAUAUUUUUAUUGUUGAUGAUCUCUAAUCAAGCCACACCCAACAAUGUGAUUGAUGGUUUGAAUUUGUAGUAUCUAACUAAUUACUCUUUCUAUUAUUAUUUUUAUUAUUUGGGCAUGGUUUAUCA